GUCCUUGAAACACUUGAUUUCUGCUUGAUGUCUGAAGCCAUGUGGCUGGUUCUCCUACUCCUGCUGUGGCUGAGUCCUGUGGCCCCAAACUGGGAGACAGGCAGCUGCUCCCAGCCCCAGCCCCUCUGCUGCCUUGGAAUAGAUAACCACUGCAAGAGUGGAAACUGCUACUGUGAUGCAUUCUGCCAUGAGGCAUCAGACUGCUGCCCAGACCACCACGCCCUCUGCAGCCCUGGUAACUCACAUGCAGGCACCUUUCCACCCCUCCUAGACCCGAAUGCUGUGAUUGACAGAGACAAGCCCUUCGUAUCUACUUCAGGCCAAGCUCCUCUGAAUACCAAGAUGGUGCUGCAGAUGGUGUUGAGGAUGGAGAACCCACCAAGCCCUAAGAGAAGCAAUCUCAACCGGGUGCAGAGCAUGGUCCAGCAGUUCCUCCAAACCAGCCUCCCAGAGAUGCCCCUCUCCAUCUCUGUGAAGGGGACCAGGAAGAGAGCCUGACACCUCUCCUGAAGCUCCCCCGCCGGUCCAUGGAGCAGAGCUCACCCUGCCCACCGGGACCUGCUGGGCACAGUGGUGCUUGCCUCCCUGCUGCCAUCCCGUGUGCUUCCAAUGUGGCUCAACCAGAGGAAAAUGGAAAUCUGUUAUGGUUGUAAACACACUUAAAUGUGCAUAAAAUCAGCCAUACAAAUUAUAAAACAUCAAUUUGACUCAUGCUA